AUGCGAGAAGAGUCCAGCACUCUCUUCCCUCUGUGUACACACGAACUAGCGCUAUCCACUAGGCCAGGAGCGGAAGCGAGACAAAAACUCACUUCGCAAGAAAAUCUCGCUUACGCCGGGAUUCGAACCCCUGACCUGACCUCUAGGAGGUUUCGGGGAUACGAACUAGACCACCGGGGCGACCGGUGUGCCAAGAGAUAUGUCGGAGGAGAUCUAUUUCUUUGUGCUGCUCUCUUCCCGCGGGCAGGAGAUCGUGAGGGUCGUGUGGCGCGGGCAUCUGGGGGCAUUCAUCUAUCGGUUGGAACUGGGGGUUUGAAUCUUGGGGGCUCUCGGUUGCAUCAAAUUUGGGCCAUGUCAUCCGAGCACAAGUCGCCGGAGACGGAAGAGCGCCUUGGUGUCGUCCGCAGUGAAGGAUCUACUGGCGGUCAGGUCGAGUCGGCGUUGGGGACGGGAGGGGGUUCAUUUCCUCCGUCUCAGGUUGUGGCGGGCGCUAUUGCGGCGGCCGCGAGGGCUGCUGCCGAUGGCGUGGAUUCACCAGCAGGUGACGUGGCUUCAACAACGCAAUCAUCCGCAGAUGUUGGUGUUGCCGAGAGCAGUGGGUUUCCGACGCAAAGUCAUGCUCGGGCCUUGGCUUCCAGCGGGGACCGCCAGCCGGAGCUCGGGCGUGCGGAUGACCAAGUCCAGGCCCACGUCAUGUCUCGUUUGGCCCAUAUGUCGGUGGGUGCUGCGGGGGGGGGGGAGCCCAGCGAGGGCACCCCGCUCGCGUCUGAGAAUGCGAAAAAAAACACUCGUCUGGAACAAGGCCAGACGAACAUUGUGGCGCAGCUUACCGAGAUCGCUGGGUUGCUGAAGAACCUCCGGCCGGAGUCGGGGCAGGAUGGGAGUCGUGGGCCCGGGGGCUCGGGAGGCCUCGGUCUGGUGCCGGCGUCGUCGCCGUGGGGCGGGGGCGCGGGCGGNAGCGGGGGCCGGAGCCCGGGCCACAGAAGGAGGACCUGCAGGGUUUGA